AUGUCAGAAUCGACGAUAAUCGUCGAACGCUCCGAAAGGGUAGGGAUUAUCAAGCUCAACCGACCUAGAGCGUAUAAUGCACUGUCCAGGACAUUGAUCAACGAGUUGUUGGAUGCUUUGAGGUCAUUCGAGAGCGACCCCAGGAUAGGCGCCAUUAUCCUGACAGGCAAUGAGAAAGGAUUUUGUGCUGGUGCGGAUAUCAAGGAACAAAGUGAACUAUCCUUCGUCAAUGCAUACAACCAAGACUAUCUGAAGAAUCUUAACGAUGGAUUCUUCGCCGUCCAUAAGCCAAUCAUCGGAGUCAUCAAUGGCAUUGCGCUGGGAGGUGGCUGUGAGUUAGCGAUGAUGUGUGACAUUUUAUACGCAGCAGAGAUUGCGACGUUCGGGCAGCCAGAAAUCACACUUGGAACCAUCCCAGGGGCUGGAGGGACGCAACGCUUAAUCAGGGCUAUUGGAAAGUCAAAAGCGAUGCACAUGAUAUUGACGGGGGAGACGAUUAGCGCAAAAGAAGCCGAAGCUGCGGGGCUUGUGGCCAAGGUCCUUCCCACAGAGCAGGUCUUUAAUGCAGCUUUGGAGACAGCGGGCAAAAUAGCGAGCUUUUCAGCACCCAUAGUGGCAAUAGCAAAGGAAGCGGUCAACGAAGCCGAAGAACUGGGGCUGAAGAACGGGUUACAUUUCGAAAGCAGACUUUACCACACGACUUUCGGGCUGGAGGAUCAUGCAGAAGGUUUCCAAGCAUUCCUCGCCAGACCCAAGCGCGUAGCCCAGUGGACACACAAGUGA